CCCCGGGGGUCCCCGGUGCCCACCGUGGCGAGGCCCAGGCUGGGCUGAUGGGCGCCCGGGGGGCUCCGCCCGGCGCCGCCCGGCACCCCGACGACGACGACACCGACAGCCCCGAACGGCCGCCCGCUCUCCUCCCGGACCCCCAUGGCGGAGACCAAGAUUAUCUACCACAUCGACGACGAGGAGACCCCCUACCUGGUCAAGCUGCCGGUGACCCCCGACAGGGUCACCCUGGCCGACUUCAAAAAUGUCCUCAGCAACCGGCCGGUGCACAGCUACAAAUUCUUCUUCAAGUCGAUGGACCAGGACUUCGGGGUGGUGAAGGAAGAGAUCUCGGACGACAAUGCCAGGCUGCCGUGCUUCAAUGGGAGAGUGGUGUCCUGGCUCGUCCUGGCCGAGAACUCGCACUCGGACACGGGGUCUCAGGGCCCUGAGAGCCACAGCGACCUGCCCCCACCUCUGGAGAGGACGGGAGGCAUCGGGGACUCCCGGCCCCCUUCCUUCCACCCCAAUGCGGCCAGCAUCCGCGAUGGGCUGGACAACGAGACGGGCACGGAGUCAGUGGCUAGCCACCGGAGGCACCGGCGGCGGAAUCGGGAAAGCCAUGAAGACGCCCCACGGGUCAACGGGAACCCGAAGUUGGAGCCGGGCCGGGAGCGGGGGGCCUGCGACAGCUCCUCGUCCGCCGUCCUGAGCAGCGAGAUGGAGUCCAGCAACUUCGUGGACUCAGACGAGGAGGAGGACACCAGCAGGCGGAGCAGCUCGGCGGAGCAGAGCACUUCCUCCCGGCUGAUCCGCAAGCACAAACGACGCCGGAGGAAACCGAGAAUGCGGCAGACGGAUCGGUCUUCCUCUUUCAGCAGCAUCACAGAUUCCACCAUGUCCCUGAACAUCAUCACGGUGACACUGAACAUGGAGAAGUACAACUUCCUCGGGAUCAGCAUCGUGGGCCAGAGCAACGACCGAGGCGAUGGCGGCAUCUACAUCGGCUCCAUCAUGAAGGGGGGCGCCGUGGCCGCUGACGGCCGGAUCGAACCCGGGGACAUGCUACUGCAGGUGAACGACGUGAACUUUGAGAACAUGAGCAACGACGACGCCGUGCGGGUGCUGCGGGACCUCGUGUCUCAGCCCGGACCCAUCAGCCUCACUGUGGCCAAGUGCUGGGACCCCACCCCUCGCAGCUACUUCACCAUUCCCCGGGCUGAGCCGGUGAGGCCGAUCGACCCCGCCGCCUGGAUCUCGCACACCGCGGCCCUGACUGGAGUGUUUCCCCGCCACGGUACGAGCCCUUCUGUGAGCCUCAUCACAGCCACCAGCUCCUCACUAACGAGCUCUAUUCCCGAGGCCGAAAAGAUGGAGGAGGCGGUGCUGAGCGUGAAGAGCGACAUGGCCACUGUGGUCAAGGUGAUGCAGCUGGCGGACUCGGGUUUGGAGAUCCGUGACAGAAUGUGGCUGAAAAUUACCAUCUCCAACGCUGUCAUUGGAGCGGAUGUGGUGGACUGGCUGUACACCCACGUGGAGGGCUUCAAGGACCGGAGGGAGGCCCGGAAGUACGCCAGCAGCAUGCUGAAACACGGCUACCUCAGGCACACGGUCAACAAAAUCACUUUCUCCGAGCAGUGCUACUACGUCUUUGGAGACCUCUGCAGCAACAUGGCCGCCCUGAACCUGAACAAUGGCUCCGGUGGGACGUGCGAUCAGGACACGCUGGCCCCCCUCCCUCAAGCAGCGGCCCCCUGGCCCGUGGGGCAGAGCUACCCCUAUCAGUACCCGCCGGCCCCGCCGGGCUUCCCGCCAGCUUACCAGGACCCCGGCUUCGGCUACGGCAGCGGCAGCGCGGGGAGCCAGCACAGCGAAGGGAGCAGGAGCAGCGGCUCGGCCCGCAGCACCAGUGAGACCGGCCGCUGGCCGCUCGGGAGGGAGAAGGAGCUCAAGUCGCCGGGCAGCGGGAGCGACUCGGAUCCCUCGGCCCGGAGCGUCCGGCGGGAGCGUCCGGCCAGCCAGCUCAGCCGCCGCAGCCACUGCAGCCACCGCAGCCGCGGCCAGGCCGACCCCCAGGGCCUCCCGGCCUACCCGGGCCCCAAGGCCUGCGCCGCCGCCGCCGUCCAGGCCCGAGAACUCGCCUCCGUCCCCCCGGAGCUCACGGGCAGCCGCCAGUCCUUCCAGAAGGCCAUGGGCAACCCGUGCGAGUUCUUCGUGGACAUUAUGUGAGCUGGCGGGGUAGCCCCGACUCCGGCCCCAAACGCAGAGCUGACGCUUCGCCUCCGGCGGGGACGCCCCAUUUCCGACCGUCUUCGCCUCUUCCCCCCGUCGGCGGGAAGGGCCACCCUUAGGCCCUUACCGUGACUCAGUCUGUCUGGGGGCAGCCAGCCGAGCGCUCGGGAGAAGCUGGUUGAAGUCAUCGGCGCUGCCCCUUUGCUUUUCGCUGCGGGUAGCAAACCACCCUGCCUCGAGGGCAGUAGUGCCAAGUCCCCUCGUUUGCUGGGACCCUCCGGGCCUUUGCCCAGGUGCCCCGGCUCCCUGCCGAUCGGCUCACUCUAGCUGUGCUCUUACCAGCCGGCUCAGUGUGUGAGGAUCUCUAAGCGCCAGAGGGCAGGUCGGGUUUAAUCGAAUGGAGGAGGUACUCCAGGCCUCAGGGGAGCUAAGUCACGGGAAGCUCCUUUCCCACAGGGGCAUUGCCCUCCAAGAAUAAGGAGCUGGGGGAACAGGAUGGAGGGGUUGAUGCAGGUGGUACAGCCCCCCUCUUGCAUCCCGGUGGGAAGGGUGCCCUGUCGGGGGCACCCAGCCUCCAACACCACUGGCCUCUGGAUUUCUCCCUCCAGGCCGGACCGGUGGGAGGGGGGAAGGCUGACCGACUCCACCCCCAGCCUUGCAUCAUGACAAUGAGACCUUAUUUAUUUAUUUAUUGUUCCAGGCCUAUCAGGGCGCUGGCCAUCUGGUCAACCGCCCUGGCUGGCCCCUGCAGCGGCAGGGAGGAGGGAAAGACCCUGUCUCCGUCCCCCCGCCACCAGCCCUGCCCAUCUCAAGCAGCACAACCCAUGGCCUCGGAGCUAGUUAGAUGGCCGAUAUCUGGAGAGGGACAAAGGCCAUCCGCCUCCAGGGCCGCGGAGAGCUGGGCGGGCAGGUGGAGCCGGGUCAGCUGCUGGACAGUCGACCCGGCACUGACAGGGAGCGACCAGGUCGAGACUCCAAAUCCUCCCGCUCGGGGCUGGAGGGGGCGGGGGCCGCGAUGGAGGUAAGUGGAGGGAGCCGUCUCGGCCUCUCCGUCUCCCCGGGAGCGGGGACGAGCGCGGCCACCGGGACGGCCCCUCCAGAGUUGGGGGCAGGAUUGGGGAGGGGUCACCCCUCGUUUCCCACCCGUGUGCGAACAACAGGGCCCAGUGGCAGCUCUGGGCAAAAUUUCCACACCUUUCCGCCAUGGGCUUCUGGGUAGAAUUCGCAGCGACACAGUAAGGAUGCUUCUUCCCCCCAAGACGGGGGCGGCCACAGGCACUUUAGAGAAUGGGUGGGGGGGGCUCCCCACUUACCUAUGAGACACCACCCCCGGGGAAGGGGAGAAAAGCGAGGCAGGCCCGGGGUGAUUUCCCCCUUUUGCAUUUUCCGGGACUGACACCUGUCACCUUCCGGCAGGGGCAACCUGGGCGGGUCCUUAGGGGUGGGGGAGACCUGUCGCCCCAGCCCCCGACCCCUGGCCCUGCCAGGUCCUGGCUGUAGAUACUGAUCGACCCCGUGUCUGUAUAGUUAAUAUAUAACUGCUUCUGUGUAAAUGCUAUUUUAAACACUAAAAGCUUUUAAUUUUA